AUGCCGCUCGCAGCAUCGGCGGUAAAGUCGCGAUUGACGGCCACCAAAUCACGUCAGCCAAUCGCUUCUUCUGCUUCCACCUCUUCGGCACAUCCGACGUCGGCCUCCGUCCGAUCCAAGUCAGCCACAAUAGCUCAGACAACUUCGGCACCUCCACCGCCUUUGCUGCUCCAAUUACCACCGCCUCUGCCCAGCAUCUCACAGCUUCAAUUAGAACACGACAUUCGACCAUCACCGCAGCUCAUCGCUCGACGUCUUAUCUCGCUAGCACGUUCUUUCAUCGCGCUCUCUCCCGACGCUGCCUCUGCCGACCCUUUGGACUGGGAGCUGGACUUGUGCUCAGCCACUUUCUUCUCGAUCUACGCAGUAUGCCUCGACCCUUCUUCCAUCAUCUCUCGCAGGACCCUGGCUAGAUGUGCCCGCCUUGGCGGAUUCAACAUCGUUCUUCCCUUCAGUCCAUCCGGAAGUUCCGCUUCAGCUACAGUCUCUGCUUCCAAGCUCAGCUCGCAGGAUCCUCACGAUCUUGCCGGUGCCAAUGCCUGCAUCCACAUUCUUCAGCAAGGAUUAGCCGCUACGUUCCAAGAUGCUGGCAGUGCGAGGGAGUAUCGAGACGCUUGUCGUACUCUAGGCAGAUCAUCCGACGCCGUCGAAGUAACUCAUGUUCUGCAAGACAAGGUGCUUGGCAAGAGAAAGGCGGUGGAGGCCGCUGCGGAGGACCCAUCGAUACCCCAACCCAUCUCGGCGCAGUCACGAUACCAGUCCCAGUUGGAGACUGACGAGGCUUACAAUGCAGCCAGUCGUGGGCGUCUUCAACAAGCGCAAACUACCUUCACCAAGGCUCUCGAGCUCGAUCCUUUCAACUGGCGAGCGUGGGCUGGUCUCUGUGACACGGGCUACGGAGACGCGACGGCUGGCAGGCAUCUCAGCGCAUCCACUCUCGAUCGCCUAUACUCUGAUCUCAUCUCUCAGGCGCAAGCGCAGUAUGCAUUCCACGAAUCGUCGCUCCGAUCCAGCCCGCUCUUCACCCACGAACAGCUCCAAGCUCCGACAAUGAUCCGCAAAGUUUCAGAAGAUGGCGCCAACAAGAAGCUCAAGGUCUCGUCAGAGAUCCCUCCCGUGCCACCUUUACCUCAGAAUGUCGCACGCAACGGUGUGGCGUCACGGCCUAUCGGAAAUGUGACACCGCCUAUGCCAACUACGUCCGCUAGCGCUGUCACCGCUACACGCCUGCAUCCAGCCUCCCGUGCGCUUUCGGCCGCUCAGACCAACACGCAUCAUCUCGACCAAGCAUCGACGAACCAAGAUGAUGUCAAAGCCGCCAAGACCAUAGGCAAUGUCACCAGACCCAUACGUACGGCUGGCGUGCGCACUGCAACGGUGCCUCCCACCUCCGCAGCCAACGGCCGACAACUGCGAUCUACUCGUGGCAAUCCAGGCGGCCCGACGGCGACGACCGCCUCGGUUGCGGCGCGUGCUCCUUCCGUGCCGAACAGAACAGGUGCCACGAGCCAGGCAGGGAGCGUUUCGUCGACUUCGUCGGGCUCGUCCGCUUCGUCCAUGUCGUCCCGCGCGACCGUUUCGACGGCCAGAACGGCUGUAUCUGCACGCAGAGUCGCCUCAGCAGCCUCAAGUCAGCCAGCUUCGAGACCCACGGCCGCCAGGCCAACCGCUGCGUCUUCUGCCCGCGCCGUCUCAGCAACCAACGGAAUUGCAUCGGCACCAAAGAAACCAGCCGCUCCUACCUCGGGUCGUCUCCUGACCACUGGUAACGUCAGCCGUCCUGGCAGCGCCAUGUCCAAAGCUAGUUCCAGCUCCAUCGGCGGACCCAAUACCACGGCGCGUACCAAUGGCACGCUCGCGUCCAGUCGCACCGCUGCCGAGGCCAUGCGUCACAAGGAGGAGCAGGAUGCCAAAGUCAAACUCGACCGUCUUGUCACCCUCCGUCAAUCGACCAUGCAAACGCUCACCACCCUUGCGCAUCAGCACGCUGCCGACAGAUAUGUUCUUGCUCUACUUGCACACGUCGGUGAGGCGUAUCGAUUGCUGCGUCUUUGCGAAGGCGAGAAAGCUGCUGCCGUGCUUCAGGGCCCUGUUCUGGACGAGCCAAGCGGCGUGAAGGCGGAACUCAUCAACGGCGCUCCGAGCUCGGAUGGCGCAGUUGCGGAUGGCUCAUCCACAAGCGCCCCUGCCACCCUCAGCGAGGGCCUUCGCUUCCUCGACCUGCACGUCAAAGACAGCCUGGUGCAUCAUCUGCUUCUGGGCCGAAGCUACGCCGAGUGCUCACAGUACGCAUCGUCCGAGACCCACUUCAACGCUGUCCGCAAGCUCAACCCCUACAUCGCAAGCCACAUGGACGUCUACUCGCUCGUCCUCUUCCAUCUCUCUCGCGAGGUCAAGCUCUCCACCCUUGCUCAGCACCUCGCCAUGGUCGCGCCAGGCACAGCAUCGACGCACAUUGUCGUCGGCAACGCCUUUUCGCUGCAGAAGGAGCACCAGACGGCCCUCGUCUGCUUCCAGCGCGCCGCAGCCGCCGCGCCCGACUAUGCCUACGCCUACACGCUGGCCGGCCACGAGGCUCACGAUCUCGGCCUGCACGACGAGGCGAUCGCCUACUUCCGCAAUGCCAUCCGGUGCGAUCGACGGCACUGGAAUGCCUGGGCUGGGCUGGGACGCGUCUAUCUGGGCAUUGGCGAACACGAGCAUGCUGCAUGCAAGAGUCUGCAGCAGGCGAUCUCUCUCAAUUCCAGCAACCAUAUCCUGUGGGAUCUGGUCGGAUGGACGUUCUCGCUGAUCAACGCGCCGGCCAAGGCGUUGGAAUGCUAUGACCGCGCGAUCGAGCUGGCGCCGAAUGCAUCAGUGUUGACGUAUCUCAGGAGAGCCGAGUUGCUAUUGCAUCACGGAGAUCCCGAGUCGAGCCACCGCGAUCUGGUGCGGGCGCACGACCUCGCCCCGGAAGAAGCGAGCAUCCACAUGCUCCUCGCUCAGUCGUACAUGCGUCUUGGUGGUGGUGCAUUCUGUCAUCUCGAAGGCGGCGCGAACGCUCAGGGAGCGGGUGGGAAGACGAGCACCGCAGUGCUCCGCGCAAGCGGCGUGAUGGUGCCUCCCUCGACAUACCAGGCCGAGAUCAUGCACCAUCUGAGCGUGGUCAUCGACCUGGACCCGUCGCUGCUGCGGCUGGUCAAGAGCAUCUGCGAGGGCUACAAGACGCUGCCGGGUAGCAAACUCAGUAUCCAUCCGCACGAUUUCACGUCAAAUUCGUACACCCAGUCGCACCUGUCGAUGAUGGAGGGUGCGAGCGGCUUCGCGCCGUCCAUCGACGGAGAGGGGCACAGUCAGAUGCAAGCCGCGGGGAUGAGCGGAUAUGCUCAGAGCCCCAGCUAUAGCAGGCAGUAUCAGGACAUGAGCGGCUUUGCCAAUUCGACCCCGCACCACCACCAGCAUCAGAGGACAAUGUUGGUCCCUGCUGACUUUGCAUCGACGCACCCGGACGCGAGCAGCUUCCUCAGCAUCCACCCGGACGGAAGCGCCAGUGCCGACGUCGUGCUCGAGGACGCCGAUGUGUCGGUCUGA